ACAAUUUCUGGAAUUUAAUUUUAAAAAUCAAGCGUGGAGCCCUGACACAAAUCCAUAACAUGAUUCGACCCCAAAAUAGCAAGAAUCAGAAUUUGAGGAACCCUCGUCUCAUCGAAGCAAAUUCUUCAACGGGGACACACAAACAGAGAAAAAGGAACAAGUGAAGAAACAAAGCAAACCAGUACUAACCAUCAAGCAGAAGAAAGAAAAAUAAAAAAAAAAUAAGACGAAGAAAAAAAAAAGACCGAAGAAAAUUAAAGUGAAGCACAAGUGAGAUUUAAUUGUACUAUUGUAUCCUCUGACGGUUCUCGGUCCUCCCCUCACCGCACUCUCCCGCGGAUCCACCGUAAGCCGGAGGAUACCACCGCACACCAGAUCCUUUCCUCUCUCUGUCUCUCACGAUGAACGAUUUCGAUGGCCUCUUAACCACCGAUUUCGGGUUCAAACCCCAAGGCAAAUCGGCACCAAUGGCAGCAUCCAAAUCCUCCUCCUCCUCCAACAACAACAAAACUUCCUCUCUCAACUUCGAUUUAGGUUCCCGAUCCGCUCGUGGCGCCUCCAAUUCCUCCGUCAACGCCGCCGCCACUUCCCUCGACGAUCUCUUCGGCGACUCCUCCUCCGUCUUUCGCGCCUCCGCCGAUUUCCGUUCCAAGCCCGUCAACGACGGACCGGUCUUCGACAAACCGGUCUACGACGAAGACAUUUUCGACGGCGUUCCGGGUCUCAAGAGCUCCUCCAAGGUCUUCUACGACGACGUUUUCGCUUCUGGAGGGAGCGCCGCCGCCGCGUUCGACGAUCUUCUCGUUGGGUUAGGUAAAUCGGAGAAAUCGGAGAAGGUGGAGAAAGGUGCCCGGGAUUUUGAUGACUUGAUCUCUGGAUUCGGGAGCAGUAAGGCAAAGGCCUCCACUGAUAGGACCGUUCCUGAUAUUAAUUUGUCACGAGAACCUACUAUCAAUGCUUCUAAGACAGCCUCUAGUGCAGCAAACGACCCUUUUAAAGUCUUUGAAUCAACUUCAGCCCCAAUUGAUUCAUCCUCAGACUACUUUACGGACCCACUGGAAGAAAUUAGUAAAUUUACUAGUUCUAGAAGCACAAAAAAUGAUAGUUCUUCAAAUUCUAAUGAAGUAUAUAAUGAUAUUGAUCCCUUUGGUGGACUUGGAAAUUCUGUACCUGCAUUCUCAGCAGAGAGAAAUAGCAUGAAGGGCAGCAACUCUCCAACGCCAAGGUCAAAUACAAGUUCAAGCUGGACCGGAGAUAAAGAAUCAAAUGACAAAUCGUCUGUGAGGAGUCCUGAGAGACAAAAACAAAACAAGAUUCCUGUUGAUCAUGAUCAGGAAUUUCUUCAGGCUGCAUUUGACAUGCCCAUAUAUUCAUCUGAUUCUUACAAGCCAGUUGACCAAAGGUCUACUUCCCCUUCAUAUGAUAACAAUGGUUUUAGACAGGCUAGUAUUCAGGAAGAUAUGUCUCCAAAAUAUGAAGAAAAGUUGGAAUCAAAUGAUGAUAUAUGGUUGAUGGUAUCAGAGAUUCCUCUUUUCACUCAGCCAACUGCUGCUCCACCACCUUCAAGACCGCCUCCUCCUCGACCAGUACAUAUCCCUAAGUCAGGAGCAGGUUCUUCAGCUUCUGCCAAUGUCAGAAAGAAGGAUAAUGAAUUUUCUUAUUUUCCAAGUUCCAGUCAAUUUUCUCAGGGUUCUGAAUCUGCUCCUGCUGCAGCCAAGUUAUCUUCUGCAUCUCAGUUUGAUGAACUUGAAGAUUUUGCCAUGGGAAAGAGUCAUGAUAAUGACGAUGAACGUAUAAAUGGUCUUGCCGACGAAGAAUUAGAGAUGAACUCAGCUGCUGCAGCUAUGAAAGAGGCUAUGGAUAGAGCUGAAGCUAAAUUUAGGCACGCAAAGGGCGUCAGGGAGAGAGAGAAUACAAAAGCUUCUAAAAGCAAGGAACCUGUGCAAUUGGAAAAAGAUGGAAGAGCGGUGUCAGAGGACAGAGGAAAACAGGAAAGGUUAGACCAUGAACGGCAACAAAAGGAGAGAGAGGAAAAGGAGCAAAGAAGACGUGAGAAGGAAAGGGAGGAGAAAGAAAGAGAACAACAGAGACUUGAGAGAGAAAGAGAAAAGGCAAGACAGGCUGUGGAAAGAGCUACUAGAGAAGCACGUGAAAGAGCAGCUGUUGAAGCUCGCCGAAGAGCUGAGAGGGCUGCUGUUGAGAAAGCUAACACAGAAGCUAGAAAGCGUGCUGAAAGGGCCGCAGUUCAGAGAGCACAGGCUGAAGCCCGUGAAAGGGCUGCUACUGAGGCAAAGGAAAGGGCCGAAAAGGCUUCCGCGGAGGCAAAGGAAAGGGAAGUGCGGGAAAGAGCUGCAGCUGCAAGAGCUGAACCUGAAGCAAGAGUUAAAGCUGAACGUGCUGCUGUAGAAAGGGCUGCUGCAGAGGCCCGAGAAAGAGCUGCAGCACAGGCCCGAGAAAGAGCUGCAGCUGCUGCAAGGAUGAGCCAACAACAGAAUGACAAUGAUCUUGAAUCAUUUUUCAGCACAGGUGCACGGGCUAACAGUGCUCCAAGGCCUCCUAGGUCCAGCUCUUCAGACUCUGUAUUUGAUGCCCAAUUUCAGUCAGAUUUAACCCGGAAAUCUACAGGUGUGUCUUCAAGCAUGAAGAAAGCAUCAUCAUCCACUAAUAUUGUUGAUGAUCUUUCCUCAAUUUUUGGAGCUGCUCCAUCAUCAUCUGGAGAGUUUCAGGAAAUUGAAGGGGAAACUGAAGAAAGACGAAGAGCCAGGUUGGAACGCCACCAGAGGACUCAGGAGCGUGCGGCUAAAGCACUGGCUGAGAAGAAUCAACGGGACCUACAAACUCAAAGAGACCAAGCUGAGAGACAUAGGGUUGCUGAAACAUUGGAUUUUGAAAUUAAGCGCUGGGCUGCAGGAAAGGAGGGGAACUUGCGUGCUUUGCUUUCUACCUUACAAUAUGUUCUGUGGCCUGAAUGUGGUUGGCAACCAGUUUCUUUGACUGAUUUGAUCACUGCUGCUGCUGUUAGAAAGGUUUAUAGGAAAGCUACAUUGUGCACUCAUCCUGAUAAAGUACAACAGAAGGGUGCCACUAUUCAACAGAAAUAUAUUGCUGAGAAGGUUUUUGAUCUACUCAAGGAAGCAUGGAAUAAGUUCAAUUCAGAGGAGCUUUUCUAAUCUCAGAUGAACUCAACUACUUCAAGUCAGUUUUGCUCUGCCCAUUCUGUUGAGAGGGAGCCACUCCCCCCUUUUUUGCUGCCUCCCCCACUGCAUAUUUGUUUCGAUUGAAGUUCUGUUGCAUCGAUGAUGGAAAAUCAUUGUAGAAAAUCAAUUUCUUGUGUGGCGUCAGGAUGGCCAAAGGUUACACCGGAGAGUAAUCUGUAAUCGAUGUUAUUUCUUUGGGGGGGGGGGACCGAUGCUUAAUGAAUGCAAUAUGUUUUGUUGUAAAAUACUAGUAUCUUUUUGUUGACAUCUGUCAAUUCAAUUCAUUAUUUCAGUCGAGUGAGAGCUCCUGAGCAGUCUUUUUUUUGGUUUUGUUUAUUCAUUUAUAUUACUUGUGAUAUAGUGUAAGUCUCCUGAAUAUAUAUUAUUCCAUAAUGUUGAAUGAAGUCAAAAUGUGGGACGUUCCACAGACCUCCUUAGCA